AGCUGGCUCUGAACUAAGGGCGACUAGAAGCUGGCUCUGAACUUGUAUUGGUGACCAGCCUGUUCGCUAACUAGAUAUAAAUCUGACAGUUUUGGAGGUUGUUCUGAAGCGUAUUUCACAAAAUAAUUCAUUUUAAGACGAUGAAGGAAUUGCUGAAUGUACAAUUAGCACAUUUUAUAUCGAUCACAAUAAUAAACUAAAUUCUUUGAUUUCUGUGCGUGCAGUCACGAGGCCGAGCGUCUGGAGCAGGAGGCCCGGGGGAAGAUGGAGAGGCAGCGGAUCACCGACCAGGCCGAGAAUGAGAAAGCCAGGAGGGAGCUGCUGGAGCUGGAGGCUCUCAGUGCUGCGGUGGAGAGUACAGGAGCUGCCAAGGCUGAAGCUCAGUCUCGUGCCGAGGCGGCUCGUAUUCAGGGAGAGGCGGCGGUCAACGAGGCCAAACUGAAGGCUGAAGCUCAGAAGAUCGAGGCGGAAGCGGAGCUCCAGCGGCUGGCGAAGGCUCGUGAGCAGGAGCUGAGCUACAAGAAGCAGAUGGACAUGCUGGAUGUGGACAAGCAGAAGAACCUGUCUCAAAUCGAGAGUCAGCGCUUUAGUCAGCUGGUGGAGAGUCUGGGCAGCGACACGCUGAGGGAGAUAGCCAGAGCCGGGCCUGAGCUGCAGGUGAAGAUGCUUCAGGCUCUGGGUUUGAAGUCGACCCUCAUCACAGACGGGUCGUCUCCCAUCAACCUCUUCACCACAGCCAACGGCCUGCUGGGGGCGCUGUCUGGACAGGGACAGGGAGAGUGAGAGAGGAGGGGAGAGGGGGAAUAGAUUGUCCAAAAGUAAACCUCAACAGAUUCUCAUCUUUCUGACACUUUAAACUGACUUUCAAAGUUCUCAUACGACAUUCAGAUCAUUACUAUCCGACAACGCUGUCAACACUGUUAGCGGUGUUACUGUUGUUAGCACGGUUAGCUCUGUCAACACUGUUAGCACUGUUGGAUCUCUUAGCACUGUUAGCUUCAGCCUUCGCCAUGUUGAGAGCCAUAUGGAGGCAACAGAAAUGCUCUAAAUAUUGUAUUUAUCACUUUUAAAUCAAAACAAUGUGCCUUUUCAUUUAAAGAUGAACUUCAUGGUUUUGUUAAAUCUCACUCAGUGCAUCUUAAUCUCAUGUUGUCAGAAAACUGACACUAACAUGUAACUAAUAUGUUCUAACACCAGUGUUCUAACACCAUGUUAGAACACUGGUGUUAGAACAUAUUAGUUACUAUGACGUUCUCUUUUCUACCUUUAAUGAACCUUGUUUCUGCUGGUGGAAGCUGUCACCUCGCUGUGAUGUGUGUUUACAGGUGAAACAUUUAAAAAUGCUGAACAGCAGAACUUUUGGACUUUAAGCUCUUUAAAAAUAAGAGAAUCAGAGGUUUACUUUUGGACAUAAAACCAGCAUGAAGACACCGCUAUCGGUGAAACAUUUAAACAAACCUGAGCUGCAAGAGAAGAAGAAAUGUGCCUACAAACAAAUCUCCAGUUUGUUCAGUCGUAUAAUCUGACAACCAAAGAUUCCUGUUUUCUGCUUUGCACUUGGUCCUCUAGAAGUAGAGAGCAGCACUUUAUGCUGAUGUUCGUCUACAUAUUAAACUCUGAUGGUCUGACUGUCGUCUUCACAAAGUGCUGUUGUUUCUGAAUAAAGAACAUUAAACCAG